UGCAAAAGUAGUUACCAAGCAGGGAUAAAGAUUUUGAGCUUCCAAGCCAACUCUAAAGACUUUUAGGUUGGAACAAAAGCAAUGAAGUCAUUGAUUUUUGUGUGUGCUACCUUUCAGCCCUUGAAGAGUUUGGUCUUAUAGGCUGAAUUUGGGUUUGAAAGGUCACCAUAGUAAACCAAUUCUCUUUCCUAGCCAGAAUGGAGCAGCGCUGGACACUGUGUGUAUUGCUAUUCAUAGCCACACUGAUACUAGGCCACUGCCAGAGUGGUGAUGGAGGGGACUGGGGAUCAGGCGACAUGCCAGAGCUUUUGUUCACGACUACCUUGACUCCUAUUCCAAACACAGUCUGUAAUGAUCCAGCCAACCCUGGGAGCACGGACUGGACCAAGCCACUUUUUCAUGUCAUUCCAGACAGCAAAGCUGAUGGCUGCUCGGUCAAUUUCCACACCAGCCAGGCUAUGUCCAGGCGAUUACAAGUGGCCAAGGAGGAGAUGGCUUAUCUGAAAGCCCUCCAGCAUGGGAAUCAGGCAGUGAUGGAGAAUCUGAUCCAGUUUGUUGGAGCAGAAAUGGGGGAUCAGAGCUAUCAAGAGAUUAUUCAAGAAAAUAUUGCUGGGAUCAAGGAGAAUCAUGCAAGUUGUGUGGGAGUGCUGAAAAAGGCAACUGAGGAGUUGGAGAACCAGCUAGAGGGAGCUGACCUUGCUGGAAUUCAGAAAAUCAGUGAAGAGUCUUUGACGUUUGAAGGGAUGCUGCGUGCCACAACACACAUCGCCAACCAACUGGAGACCUCCUCACGGACCCUUCACAUGCAGAUAACAGAGCAGCUGAGAAAAAGCUUAAAGCUGAAAAGGAUGUAAACUCCACAAAAGGAAGACUUUCAUACUUAUAGAACGUAACAACUUAAAAAGACAUGAAGACAAAAGUCAUUGAGGAUAAUUUAAUAUUUAAGUGAUUUUCAAUGUUGUGAUAAUUAAGUACACAGAAAAUCUAAAUAAUUAUACUGUACACUUUAAAAAAUGCUGGGUUAUUUUUUUCUGCCCAAAUGCUGGGUUGAGCUUUUUCAGUCAUUUAAUUGGGUUAUUUUCUCAGUCCUGGGUAGUUUGGGGGUAAUUUUGUGUAACCCAACUGCUGAGUUAGUGGCUGGGUCAUUUUCACUGACAGUUGAAUCAAUGCACUCCUCCAUCACCCCGAUGCCUCAGCCCAGCUCCUUGGGUCAAAUCAACUCAGCAGACUGAAUUCGCCUCAGGCAGAGGUAGCCAUUUUCACACUGACUGACUGUUAGAUUUAUUUGGAGAAAUGGUUCGUAUCAAUAUAUUUAUCCAUAAAACCAUUACUUUACACUAGAAAAAGUAAAAAUGUGUGAUAACAGUCCAGUUUACAUUUCAUUAAAUGCACCGCUAUCUUUGUUAGCUUUGGCUUACCUGUUUGUAAUGCCCACUGGAUCGUAAGUUGGUUACUCAUUUUUGUGGAUGUUUUAAACGUCUCCUUUGAUCAAAAUCUGACGUUUUCAUCUUAAAUAUAUGACUUAUUUGAGUAAUUUACCACUUUAGCAGCUCUAGCAAUACAUUUCUGAACAUCUUUUUGUGUAUAAAUAAAAGUGAUACCAUGUUGACAUAUUUGUUUAUAAUGUGGUAUAUUUGACAUUUUCAAAGGGUAAAAAUAACCCUGAACAUAUUAACCCAUUUAUGAAAUAAAAUUAACUCUGCGUUUUUGUAAAAAUGAAACCAUCCUUUGGCUUGAAAAACAACCCAUUUGCUGGGUUAAAAUUAACAACCCAACUUGAUGGGUUAGUUUAGCCCAAAGUGUGUUCUGUCUUAUAUUUACCAAGCUGUUGAGCUAAGAAUAGCCCAACUUGGGUUGUUUUAAACCCAGUGCUUUUUAGAGUGUACUGUAGGUUAAAAGUACAAAGUUUUGCACAAGUUUUAAAUUUGUGAAUUAAAAUGGUCUAUGUGAAAAAGAAAUGAUCUCGGCAGAGUAGUUACAUAGAGUGCAAUUGUUUUUGAAUUCCAGGCAGCUAGCUAAUGUUAUGGCUUUCUUGGUGCUAGGGUACAGAUGGAGAGUGGACAGCUUGGGCCCCUCAGUCAGUGUAGAUAUAUGUGUCCUGGGGGGAGAAAAAGAGAAAUGACAGUGAGGUCAUAGUAAAACAAAUGGAGCCUCAUCUGGUAGCCAAAGCAGAAAGGGUGCUUGUUAUCACCAUUGUUUAAUUCCUCUCUAUUAAUCAUAAUGAAACAUUGUGUAAAGUAUGAUUUAUGCUGGCCAGCUGUAAAUGGACUGUGUGCAGAAAAUAUGUGUGCACAGUUCGAGGAUAGAAAAUGCUUGGAUGCCUUAUGCAUACCUUAUUUAAAUGCUUUGGGACAUUAUUUAGCUCAUUUAUGUAUAUUAAUAUGUACAGAAUAAAGUGAUAAUUUAACCUCA